CGUCUCGACCGGUCUGGUGGUCGGUUGGUCGGCCGUUUGACUCUGAGUUCACGCAUUGUGCGCUACGGUAAACAGUCGGUCGGGCAGGUUUAGACGGUGUGUUUUUCUUCUCUGAUUUUCACAUGGCUAUGGUUGACUUUCUCGAGGGGACACUCGGUUGCGGAUAUUUACUUCUCGCAUGAAUCUCGAACGGCAUUGUUUGCUAAUAGUUUCGCGGCCACCGUAGAACAGGCGGAAGUGACUUCUAGAAGACGCGGCGCUUAAUUUUUUUAGUACUGUCUUCCGUACUUUCUUUGGACAGACGGAUUGUGAUUGUGUAGUGUAUUUUUAGAUAUAUUUUUCUAUGGUUUCUAUCCGUUUUACGAAAAUAUGCGUUAUUUUUGUGUUUGAUGUGCGAUUGAUGAGUGUGGGUUUUGUUUUAUUAGGAAGGUAACCGAAAUCGUUUAGUCCGAAAAAAAACACUCGUGAGAGCGAUUCGUCUGCAGUUCAUUCGUUCCGUGAGACAGGUAGAGGUUUAUGUGAAUUAGAGUGAUUAUUUUCCUAUUUUGUUUUUAUUGCCAGUAGCAGUAGUGUGAAGUGAUUGUGAGUUGUUAAUUUGGUUUGAUUUGUUGAUUUUAUUCGAGAAUGCGAGAGAAAAUUGUCGUGUUCCGAUGUAAGUUGAUCUAGUGCGAAAUUUCUUUCAUUUUACACACGUGUUUGAUGGUGGAACAUGAUCUUCUGACGACCGAUUAAAUUCGAAUGAACGAAUCUUCGACGUACGAAAAUGGUUCGUUUCGGCAAAAAAGAGAGUGCUGAAAGGCGUCAACUUUUGGCCAGUAUGAACUCGAUGCAGUACAACAGUUCCAAGCAGAUCGAUAAUGCUGCUUACCAACAUGUCCGAGACAAUCUGGAAGAUCUCGACGGCAAAACAGAAGCCAACGAGACUGAUUUGGUUUUUCUGCAAGGCAUUCUAGAGAAUCCUGCCGUCACCCAAAUGAUUAAGAUCCAAGACAAACUUGAAGAGGUGUCGCCCCCGCUAAAACCCAUCCGACUGAACAAUAUCUCACUGGUGCGGGAAGUGGUCGAUCGAUGCAGCCUGUCGCGGAAUCCACAUGCACGUGAACUAGCGCGAAUAUUCCGUUAUCCACACUUCCGGGCGCUCAUCGAAUCGCACGACGAAGUUGGAGAGCUGACUGUGGAAAAGCUAAAAUCUCACCAAAACGGUAGCAGUCCGGGAAGCAGCAGCAAAAACGUACCAGGAUCACCCGGCAGCGGUAGCAAUUCCGAGGUCGACAGCUUGUUGGGAACGGCAGUAAUCACGGCCGGCAACGGGAUGCCCGGAGAAACGAUCAAAAUGGUCGGAAUCCGGAGAAAUCCGAACGAACCGUUGGGUCUGACCGUGGAGGUCGACGAGCACGAUCAACUGGUGGUUGCUCGGAUCAUUGCCGGUGGAAUGAUCGACCGGCAGGGGCUUCUGCAUGCGGGUGAUGUGAUAUUGGAGGUGAACGGAGUUCCGGUAACGACGCCCGAGGAACUACAGACUGAAAUCUCCCGGGCGAAGGAAUCCGUUACGUUGAAGAUAGGACCCAGCCUAGAUGAGGAGAUGAAAUCCGCCCGCAUCACGAUGGCCGGUGGACAGGUAAAGAAUGGGAAAAAUUUAGAGCCGGGGAAAAAACUGACGUGUUACAUGCGAGCAUUGUUCGAUUACAUCCCGUCCGAGGAUAAUCUGCUACCGUGUCAGGACAUUGGUUUAUCAUUCCAACGUGGAGAUAUUCUGCAAAUCAUUAACGUCAAAGAUCCCAACUGGUGGCAAGCACGACAUGCCGGCGAUGAUGGUCCCAUCGGUUUGGUUCCCUCGCAGGAGUUGGAGGAACGACGACAGGCCUACGUUGCGCCGGAGGCAGACUACGCACACAAGAUUAGCAUAUGCGGCACAAAGAUUUCCAAGAAGAAGCGUAAGACAAUGUACAAAACUAAGCAAAACAGUGAGUUCGAUAAGGCGGAUCUGAUGCUGUACGAAGAGGUUACCAAAAUGCCACCAUUCAAGCGGAAAACAUUGGUUCUGAUCGGUGUGGCCGGCGUUGGACGACGAACGCUCAAGAAUCGAUUGAUCAACAGCGAUCCGGACAAAUUUGGUUCCGUUCUACCACAUACAACACGGCAACCGAGACCGCUCGAAGAAAGCGGAAAAGCCUAUUGGUUUACCGAUCGUGAAACAAUGGAGCAGGAAAUAAAAGAAAAUCGCUUUUUGGAAUACGGUGACCACAACGGUAAUCUGUACGGGACGCACUUGGACUCGAUACGGGAUGUCAUUCGGCAAGGUAAAAUGUGUGUCCUCGACUGUGCUCCAAGUGCGCUGAAAACUUUACACAACAGUGCUGAGUUCAUGCCAUACGUGAUUUUUAUCGCCGCUCCUGGGAUGGAACAGCUGAAGCAGCUGUACGCUGAACGUAGAUCCGCACAGGGAUCGAUGAGGAGUUUACAGUUCGAUCGCCAAAGCUCCAUCCGAUUCAGUUCCCGCCGCGCUAAAACAUUGGAAUCACUGGCAUCACUGUACGAGGAUGAGGAUCUCGUCUCGGCAUGCGAGGAAAGUGCCUUAUUGCAGCGAAAAUACGACAAAUACCUGGACGCGGUCAUAGUCAACGAAGACUUCGAUGUGACAUUCCGGGCCGUGACGGACGCGUUGGAGGCCCUCAGCCACGAGCAUCAGUGGGUACCGGUCAAUUGGAUCUACUAAGCAACCUCAGGGAGGAUAACCGAUAUAUGGUAGACGCAGCAAAAGAUGUGUUCAAAUCGAAGUGUUGAGAGCCAUACCUGCAUGCAUUCAGAGCCUUGGGUAGAUCGAAUCCCGGCCUUUACCAGUACCAUGUUAUAUUUCCAUAUCGUCCAAUACAUUUUAUUACACAUAUACAUCAUAUGAGUCACUUUUGAGAAUAGAAAAAAGCGAAGCAAUAUCAGCUUCGUAACCUCCAUGUCGUACUAUCGAUUUAAUUCGUAAGUAGUUGUCUUGUAGCGGUAAUAACUAUCAGCAGCGAAUGCCUCCAAUAUUAAAUAACGCAUCUAGUAUUUAUUAAGCAAGAUCAAGAUGUCAGCAGAAGGUAAUUGUUUCGUCCAUUAGAUUUAGUUUUAUAUAGAGUUGUAAUUUUUAAACCAGGGUUAAACCCCGCACGAGUAGUAAGAUAGAUUCUAUUGUUCAAUGUCGAAUCUCACGCAAAAAAUAUAUUCAGUUACGUCAGAAACUGCCUUUGGCAAAAUAGUAUGCGAAAAUGUUUCAUUAUUAUGACUAGUGAGUGCUAACUUCGAAGAAUUGUUUGAAAAACUAUUUGUUGAACAGAGUUUCAUUGAAUUUAUUAAGUGGAAAUCAAAAUAAAGAGUAAUCGUAAACGAC